AUGGAUUCUGAAUUCAACACAACAUUUCUUACCUUUGGUGGACACUUAGAAUUGCAAACAUACAGAUUUCUUUAUUUUGUGAUCAUGUUAGCUGUGUACAUUCUAAUACUUUGUAGUAAUAUGACAAUUAUCUGCCUUAUUUGCAUUCACAAAAACCUCCAUGAACCCAUGUACAUUUUUAUUGCAGCUUUGUUAACAAAUGCUAUUCUUUACAGUACAUCCAUCUACCCCAAACUUUUGAUCGACUUUUUAUCUGAGAAACAAACAACAACUUAUCCAAAGUGUCUGAUUCAGAGUUUUCUAUAUUACUCUUUAAAUGGUGCAGAGUUCCUCCUUUUGUCAGUGAUGGCCUACGACAGGUAUGUCUCUAUCUGUAGACCUCUGCAGUAUCACUCAGUCAUGACCAAAACUACUGUUGCUAUUUUUCUGAGCUGUUCUUGGCUCAUAUCUGCCUGUCAGAUAGCAGUGCCUGUUGCUCUGAGUGUUAAUGCAAAACUCUGUAACUUUAUUCUAAAAGGAAUCUUGUGCAACAAUUUAAUUUACAAACUUCACUGUGUAAGUUCAGCAGCGCUGUCCAUAUAUGGUUUGAUAGUCCUGAUAAAUGUUACUGUGCUCCCUGUUCUUUUUGUUCUGUUUACAUACGCAAAGAUAUUUGUAAUAACCUACCGGAGUGGUAGAGAGGUGAAGAAAAAAGCUGCACAAACCUGUUUACCCCACCUGCUGGUUUUGCUCAACUUUACCUACCUGGUUACAUUUGAUGUCAUCAUAGUAAAACUAGAAUCUGAUCUUCCAAACUCGGUGCGUUUAACAAUGACUCUGCAAGUUAUCAUUUGUCAUCCACUUUUUAAUCCCAUCAUUUAUGGGCUAAAAAUGAAAGAAAUUACUAAACACUUGAAGAGGAUAUCCUGCCAAGAAAAACUAAAGUAA